UACACAGGUAAUUUCGCUAUCAAAUGCAAGCAUUGCCCAGUGUAUCCACAGCAACGUACACACAAGUGAACAGCAGAUUGAAGCGCAUUACGGCGACAGUUCCCCUACACAUCAUUUAGCCGUGAUUUGCAAGGCUGUCUUGGAAAUUGAUUGAAAAAAACAAAGCCUUUCCGUGCAUAUUUUAGGCAUUUCAUCGUUAAGACUGAGGGAUUGUGGUCUAAUUUUGAAAAUCCUGCAAAUAUGUCGACUCGUGCUAUACGCAUAGUGAACAGCAACACAUCGGAAGUAACUACGCAUCCUUGGAAAUCGAAAAACCGUUCAUCUCCAUCCCCAUGCUCGCAGACGACACGUAAAAAUGGCGCGAAAAGGACUGGUGCUACGUCGCAAUUCAAUGGCGGUAUCACGGGGAAGACAGUGCAAGCUACGGCGUUCUCUCCGCUUUCUAGGCGGGAAAAUGCUGUCGUAAAACCUCCACCUAAGGCGGGUGCGUUUCAGGAAAAGCUCACUCAACCCUCCGACUUCAGCAAAUUCUACGAACGAGGCGAUUUCCCAAUCAUGGUGGAGCAUGAUACGAGUCAUAACAAGAUAGCAUGGAAGGUGGAGAUUGAGAAGUUGGACUUUCAUCAUUACCUUCCAUUAUUCUUUGAUGGUCUAUCAGAAACACGUCAUCCAUACAACUUCUUUGCUCGGCAGGGGGUCCAUGACAUGUUGACCCAUGGAGGUCAUAAGGUCCUUCCGGUCAUCCCUCAGCUUAUCUUGCCUAUCAAAAAAGCACUUCAGACGAGGAACGUAGAUGUAGUCUGUGCCACCAUGCGAUUACUCCAAACUCUGGUCUUGUGCGACAAACACGUGGUGGGCGAGGCCCUGGUCCCGUACUACCGCCAGAUCCUACCCGUCAUGAAUCUCUUCAAGAACAGGAAUAAGAACAUCGGUGACGGCAUCGAAUACGACCAGUGGAAGGGUGGGAACGUGGGCGACCUCGUCAAUGAGACCCUGGAGGUGUUUGAACGCUACGGCGGACCCGAUGCUUUCAUUAAUAUCAAGUACAUGGUGCCAACGUACGAGUCUUGCAUCAUGAACUGAGAGACGUCAAUAUUGACGCUGAUGUAUGUUGCGCAUGCGUCAUUCAACUACGCCAACAUUUCAAUUCAUGAUACCGAUUGCACACGAGACAUCAUUUGCCUGACGGAAGGCUGCGUCAGCGACUUGAUGCGAAAUAGAAGGGUGAAAUGUGCAAGUUUUCAUUGCAAAAUGGAAAUUGCAAAUAUUGCUUUUGAUUAUGAUGUGUAUGGCUCAGUAGCAUUUACAGCCUUCAUAAGCGCAGGAAAUAACGCAAAUGAUGCCUCGGGUGCUAAGGUCAUAAUACUUUACAGUAAACAAUGGAGUUUGCAGAUAAUUAUUCACGGCUGCACACGAAAAGUCAAAACAAAAUAUUACACGAUCUUUAAAUUGUGGGUGUAAACUCAAAUAUUUUCUUCACCAGUGUUUCGGACAAAUCUAAUAUAUUGCACUUGAUCAUCAUCGCAAUCCUGCGUCAAGAAGUUUCGUCUUUCCAUUAGACUGCGUCUAGGACUGUCCUGUGCAUUUAUAUGCCUGAAUGUCAUUGAAUGGUGUCUCGUGUGUAACAGGCUUUUA